AUGGCGGCGGCGCUGAGGGGCCGCGCGGGCCCGGGCGGGGCCGGGGCGCUGUGGCGGCUCCAGAGCCGGCGGAGCAGCUCGUUCGACGUGGCCGUGGUGGGUGCGGGGAUCGUGGGGCUGGCCGCAGCCCGGGAGCUCAUCCAGCGCCAUCCCUCGCUGGCCUUGGCCGUGCUGGAGAAGGAGCAGGAGCCGGCCCAUCACCAGAGUGGACACAACAGUGGUGUGAUCCACAGUGGGAUUUACUACACCCCUGGCUCCCUGAAGGCCAAGCUGUGUGUGCAGGGGGCAGCUCUCUGCUACAAAUACUGUGACCAGAAGGGAAUUCCCUACAAACAGUGUGGGAAGCUGAUUGUGGCCGUGGAACAGGAUGAAAUUCCAAGGCUCAAAGCUCUGUAUGAGAGGGGGCUGCAGAACAACGUCCCAGGGCUGAAACUCAUUGGAGCCAAGGAAAUCCAGGAGAAGGAGCCCUUCUGCAGGGGACUGAUGGCCCUUGAUUCUCCCUACACUGGAAUUGUGGAUUACAAACAAGUGGCCCAGUCCUAUGCCAGAGACUUCCAGGAAGCAGGUGGGACAAUCUUGACUGAUUUUGAAGUCACUAACAUGGAGAUGGCCAAAGAAAGUUCACCAGAAAGUGAAGAUGGGCUGAAAUACCCAGUCAUUGUUAGGAACAAAAAGGGUGAGGAGCUCUCCUGCGGGCACAUCGUGACCUGUGCGGGGCUUCACUCCGACCGCCUGUCCCGGAUCAGCGGCUGCAGCCCCGAGCCCCGCAUCGUCCCCUUCCGGGGGGAUUAUUUGGUGCUAAAACCAGAAAAAUCUUACUUGGUGAAAGGAAAUAUUUAUCCAGUUCCCAACCCUCGUUUCCCAUUCCUGGGAUUCCAUUUCACUCCCAGGAUGGAUGGCAGUAUCUGGCUGGGCCCUAAUGCAGUGCUGGCCUUUAAGAGAGAGGGCUACAAACUCUUGGACUUCAGCCCUGGAGACUUUUUAGAUGCUGUAACCUACAGUGGGCUCUGGAAGCUGGUGCUGAGGAAUGUGUCCUAUGGCCUGGGGGAGCUGUACAGAGCCUUUUCCCUCAGUGCCCAGGUGAGGCAGCUGCAGAAGUUCAUCCCUGAGGUCACCACCAAUGAUGUUCUCAGGGGUCCCUCUGGAGUGAGAGCCCAGGCUCUGGACAGCGAGGGGAACUUGGUGGAUGAUUUCGUGUUUGACGGAGGCACGGGGGAGGUGGGCAGCAGGAUCCUGCACGUCAGGAACGCUCCUUCCCCCGCCGCCACCUCCUCCCUGGCCAUCGCCCGCGCCAUCGCCGACGAGGCCGAGCGGCGCUUCCAGCUCUGAACCCUGCCAGGAAUU